AUGGCAUUUCAACCGAUUUACAAUGCCUUCGCUACGAGGCCCAAGGAUCAAUCAAGGAAGAGACCAUUAAAUGCAUCCCUGGCGAUGAUUCGCGAUCAGUUCAGCAUAUCCACAUGGCUCUCGAUUGGCGCCGUUAUACAAGCUGCUGCAUAUGCCUUGCUACCGUACCGCAACAUCGUCACUGUUCUCCCAGUCUUCCUGUUCCUCGGAUACAAACUCGCCUACACAGCAUGUACCCUGACUGGGCUUGUGCCAAACCCGCGCAUGAAGAAUGUCGUCGCAGGCCACACUACUCCUGUAUUCCCGGACGAGAAAGGUACACAGGAUAAGGCUGCUGAUUCUACAGUAUGUGCAAUCAUUCUUGGUGUCAUCUCCAACCACCCUCUUGGUAUGCUUGGGUCGGGAUUCAAGGAAGUCGGCGACGAGUUUACUGCCAUGGUUUCACAACUGUCGGACGACGCUACAACGUAUGGAUACCUUGGGUCGUCAAACUGGCUGAAUGCUGGCGACAACAGCACUUCAAGUGAAUUCAUGUCGAUCCUGUACUUCGGGAACGAGCAAUAUCUGCAUGACUAUGCCCACGGCCCAAUGCAUAGCAAGACAAUGCAGUGGUGGAGGAAGGUAGCCAAGGAUAUCCCACAUAUCGGCAUUAUGCACGAGGUGUUUUCCUGUCCGAAGAAGAGUUGGGAAGGCGUUUACAUCAACUACGCGCCCGUCGGUCUCGGUGCGACAAGCAAAGAGGUGACUGGCUCCGAUGGAAAGAAGGCAUGGGUCAACCCUCUUGUCAGAGCGACGGGGAAGCUCUCACACAGUAAAGGACGUAUGGGGAGGACGUAUGACAAUAACGAGGAAGAGAAGAUUGCCACCUUGAAGUCUGUACAGACUUGA